AAGAGCCGUUGCCCGUGAGCGCAAGGUUUGGGAGAUGCUGUCCGAGUGCCAAUUUGUCGUGGGGCUCAAGUCAUUUUUCACCUCAUCGCAGUGUUACGUUUUUGUGGCCGAGUACUACGAAGGAUGCACGCUCCAGUCACUUCUUGAAGAAGGCGCGCUGCGAGAUGACGUCAUCGUGAAUAUUGUCGCCAACGUCACGUACGCGCUCAAGUACAUCCACGACAGAGACAUGAUGUACCGCAACAUCUCGCCGACAACGAUCCUCAUCGACAUGAAGGGCACCGCACGACUCUUCGACUUCGCCUUCUGCUCGCACGGCAAGACGUCGAGCAGCCGGAUCGGCUCGAUACCCUACAUGGCGCCGGAAGUCCUAAGGAUGGAAGUAUACGAUCGCACGUCCGACUACUGGUCACUGGGCAUUCUGACGUACGUGCUGUACGUUCGCCACACGCCCAUGUCCAUCUAUUCGGCGAAGACCAACCUGGACCACUGGGCCGACCGGGACUACAUGUACCAAUACGCCGAGGUGGUCCCCAUUAUCCUGCCCAAGCACAUGCCUCCGCAUGCAAAAAGCCUCAUAUGUGGCCUUCUAGUUGAGAGACCUCGGCUUCGCCUGGGUUGUCGUUCAACGGGCUUCUACGAAGUGAUGAAGCACCCAUUCUUCCACCAUGUGGACUGGGACAGUUUCACGAGGGCGAAAAGCGUCACGACGCGAAAUGCUCCGAAGGGUAACCAGUCAUUCUGACGGCGGGCCGACUCACGCAAGUGGGCUGAAAGCGAGCCGACACAGAUGUGCCCCCGGCUCAUCGUCAUCAACAUCAUUGGCGUCACGCUCGGCCUUAAAGAACACCUGACACCAAAAUCGAAACCUCGAGAACUUUGUGUUGUUUGAUUGUCCUGUAUACGUGGGCUCUUGUGGCCGAGUAUUAGUGGCGAGCGUUGCCUUUAAGGCAUUUUGAUUGGUUUUUAAAUUAACCGUGAGUGCUCUUCUGAGUUGGCAGCACCUUUCGACAUCGCUACUAGUAUGACGUCGAUGAAGGUGACGUUCCACAAGGAAAGCGAGUAUUGUCGACGUCGCAGAAGGUUCGCGGGGUGCACAAAAUACCACGACUGACACCCGACGAAGGCCUAUUUAUUUUAGUUUGUUUUAUUUUGUCGACUUUGCUGAAAGCGAUCGAUGGUCGACAGGCCCACGAGCGCACACAGGAGUUCGCGUGUCGUAUAUUCAAGAAUAAGACAAGUACCACAUCGCGAAAGGACGAGAGAAACAUAUAGCACUGUUUCCGUCUCCUACCGAUUAAAUUUUCCCGAAAUAGCUGGAAGCGCUUUACUGUUGGUAAGAUUGUAGCGGUUUCUUGGACUAGAUGUACAACGGUUAGGGCGGACUUAGCACGAUAAAGUUCUUCGCAAUGUCAAUAUUGCAUACAUCGUACGAAAACGUCAUGCCAUAGCUUCUUGUAUAAAACGAAGCCUACCGCAACAUGAAUGAACGGACCGGAUGUGACUCCCGCCAAACGUACGUGAUGGCCUUAGAGGCGACGGUUGUUUUCGAUCAGUGCAGCAGGGCUACGUUUAUACGUUCAGUUCUUGCGAUGUGUGCUAUGUUAAAGUCAUUCCGCAGAGUAGGGCCGGUGUAACGUACGCAUGGCCGCUGCUUCAUUUUAGCAGUCAUUUACGCCGACCGUCACCUACGACGACGUGGACGCGCCAACUUUCAAACCACUGGCUAAACGUGAGAAGGAAAAACUCCCGCUUGCAUUCCCUUCAGACUGAAGUCCCUAGAUUUUUCCCUGUUCUUUAGAAAAAGGAAAACUCUAGGGACUUUACUUCAGACGAGUCGAAGGCGAAAGCCAUCCGGUGUGGCUACUUUACCACACACGUUAUAUCGACGCCCGGCAUUCACUAGUUAACCGUUGCAAAUAGCUAGCUGUCAUUAACCUGCACUACUUAACUUGGACGUCACUUAAUCUCUUUAGAUUGUUAUAUAACUGUCUAUCUCACUAACUCGCUAGUCCCUAAAUUUGCUUUAAUCGUGAUAUAUAUGCACAGCCAUGCUUUCGCUUUUGUAUGG